GGGCAGGGCCGGCUGCUGAGACGCGCUGCUGCCCCCCGCGCGGGCGCCGCGGCUUCAAUGGCGCCAUCGCCCAGGACCGGCAGCCGGCAAGAUGCGACCGCCCUGCCCAGCAUGUCCUCAACUUUUUGGGCGUUCAUGAUCCUGGCCAGCCUGCUCAUCGCCUACUGCAGUCAGCUGGCCGCCGGCACCUGUGAGAUCGUCACCCUGGACCGGGACAGCAGCCAGCCACGGAGGACGAUCGCCCGACAGACAGCGCGCUGCGCAUGCAGAAAGGGACAGAUCGCUGGCACCACGAGGGCCCGGCCCGCCUGUGUGGACGCCCGGAUCAUCAAGACAAAGCAAUGGUGUGACAUGCUACCGUGCCUGGAGGGGGAGGGCUGCGACCUGCUCAUCAACCGCUCCGGCUGGACCUGCACGCAGCCCGGCGGGCGGAUCAAGACCACAACGAACACCUAG